AAUUCCGGUGUGCAAGUCAGGUUGCUGUGUCACUCGGCUCGCGGCGCGCCCCUUCCCCGCUGCCUCGCGCACCACCUCUCCGGCCCUUCUGCGCCGCCUCUCAGGUCCUUCUGGGCUCCGGUCGCCCCUCUCCUGCAGGCUCUUCUGCCACAGCCUGGCGUACGCCGGGUCUGCCCUGUGGACCGAUUUCGGGUGGCGCCGGGGUCCCAGGAACCCGACCUGCACCGGCCAUGGCGGGUAGCGGCGCCAGGUACCGGCUGAGCUGCUCGCUCCCGGGCCACGAGUUGGACGUGCGGGGCCUGGUGUGCUGCCUCUAUCCGCCUGGGGCUUUCGUGUCUGUGUCCCGAGACCGCACCACCCGCCUCUGGGCCCCGGACAGUCCUAACAGGGGUUUUACAGAAAUGCACUGUAUGAGUGGCCACUCUAAUUUUGUAUCUUGCGUGUGCAUCAUACCCUCAAGUGACACAUACCCUCAUGGACUAAUCGCCACUGGAGGAAAUGACCACAAUAUUUGCAUUUUCUCACUGGACAGUCCGAUGCCACUUUAUAUUUUAAAAGGUCACAAAGAUACAGUUUGUAGUCUUUCAUCUGGAAAAUUUGGGACAUUACUUAGUGGCUCAUGGGACACCACUGCUAAAGUCUGGCUGAAUGACAAAUGCAUGAUGACCUUACAGGGUCAUACAGCUGCAGUAUGGGCAGUAAAGAUUUUACCUGAACAGGGCUUAAUGUUAACUGGAUCAGCAGACAAGACUAUUAAACUGUGGAAAGCUGGAAGAUGUGAGAGAACUUUUUCAGGGCAUGAAGACUGUGUAAGAGGUUUGGCAAUUUUGAGUGAAACACAAUUUCUUUCCUGUGCAAAUGAUGCUAGUAUUAGAAAGUGGCAGAUCACUGGAGAGUGUCUUGAGGUGUAUUAUGGACAUACAAAUUAUAUUUAUAGCAUAUCUAUUUUUCCAAAUUGCAGAGAUUUUGCAACAACAGGAGAAGACAGAUCUCUGAGGAUAUGGAAACAUGGGGAGUGUGCUCAAACAAUCCGACUUCCAGCUCAGUCCAUAUGGUGCUGCUGUGUGCUAGACAAUGGUGACAUUGUGGUUGGUGCAAGUGAUGGUAUUAUUAGAGUGUUUACAGAAUCAGCAGAUCGUACAGCAAGUGCUGAGGAAAUCAAGGCUUUUGAAAAAGAGCUCUCUCAAGCAACCAUUGAUUCCAAAACUGGUGAUCUAGGGGACAUUAAUGUUGAACAGCUUCCUGGGAGGGAACAUCUGAAUGAACCUGGUACUAGAGAAGGACAGACUCGUCUCAUCAGAGAUGGGGAAAACGUUGAAGCCUAUCAGUGGAGUGUCAGUGAAGGGAGGUGGAUGAAGAUUGGUGAUGUUGUGGGCUCAUCCGGUGCUCAUCAGCAGACAUCUGGGAAAGUUUUAUAUGAAGGAAAAGAAUUCGAUUAUGUCUUCUCAAUUCAUGUCAAUGAAGGUGGGCCUACAUAUAAACUGCCAUAUAAUAUCAGUGAUGAUCCCUGGAUGACUGCAUACAACUUUUUGCAGAGGAAUGAUUUGAAUCCCAUGUUUUUGGAUCAAGUAGCUAAAUUUAUUAUCGAUAACACAAAAGGUCAGAUGCUGGGAGUUGGGAACACCAGUUUUUCAGAUCCAUUUACAGGUGGUGGUCGAUAUGUACCAGGCUCUUCAGGAUCUUCCAGUACAUUGCCAACAGCAGACCCUUUUACAGGUGCUGGUCGUUACGUCCCAGGUUCUUCAAACACAGGCACUCUCAUGACUGGAGUUGAUCCAUUUACAGGGAAGAAUGCCUACCAGUCGGCUGGAUCUAAAUCAGUGAAUAUUUAUUUCCCUAAAAAAGAGGCUGUCACUUUUGACCAAGCAAACCCCACACAAAUAUUAGACAUUGUAUUUCCUGCACUUGAUAUUCUUCGGUUGUCAAUUAAACAUCCCCAUGUGAAUGAGAACUUCUGCAAUGAAAAAGAAGGGGCUCACUUCAGCAGUCAUCUUAUCAGUCUUCUGAAUCCUAAAGGAAAGCCAGCAAACCAGCUACUUGCUCUCAGGACUUUUUGCAAUUGCUUUGUUGGCCAGGCAGGGCAAAAACUCAUGAUGUCCCAGAGGGAAUCACUGAUUUCCCAUGCAAUAGAACUGAAAUCAGGGAAUAAUAAGAACAUUCACAUUGCUCUGGCUACACUAACCUUGAACUAUUCUGUUUGUUUUCAUAAAGACCAUGACAUUGAAGGAAAAGCUCAAUGCUUGUCAGUAAUUAGCACAAUCUUGGAAGUUGUACAAGACCUAGAAGCCACUUUUAGACUUCUUGUGGCUCUUGGGACACUCAUCAGUGAUGAUUCAAAUGCUAUGCAGUUGGCCAAAUCUUUAGGUGUUGAUUCACAAAUAAAAAAAUAUGUGUCAGUAUCAGAACCAGCUAAAGUAAGUGAAUGCUGUAGAUUUAUCCUAAAUUUGCUGUAGCAACGGGAAAAGAGAUUGAGAUUAAGUUAGUGGGGUUUUUGGUUAUAUAUUACAUGAUUGGUUACAGGUGAUAAAAAAAGAAGGAAAAAAUACUGUGGAUUAAGGACAAUGUCAGAUCCUGUAAAGUGGUGGGGGGUGGGGAGGAGAAAUAAAGUUUUUGCAUUGAUAAACUCUGAGAUUUUCCUGUGUAAUAAUGGGUAGAUUUUCAACAGCAUAGAAACAAAUUAAGAACUGUAGUCAAUAAUACAACUCCAAGGGCAUUUUCUACCUUCCUGUAGCCACUCAGGAGAGCACAGUUCUUUCUAUAACCUGCUUUUACCACUUCUGCACACCAAGUUCCUGAUUGUUGGUGGCUUUUAUUUAACUUCUGUGCUUUCCUUAUUGAAAUUUUUUUUUCCUUAUUGAAUUUUUAACAGCAUGAACAUAUCUCACUUUAGGAUUUA